UAUGUCUCUCCUCGAACUUGAUAAUUCUCCAAACCCUAAUUUCGUAUUUCGAAUUAGCGUGGUUAGCUUUCGUCCCAUUCCGCGUUGGUUCUCAUUAAUCUUUGAAUGGGGCUGAAAUUCACGCCGGCCUCGCCCGCCGGAAAAUGGCUCGGCUUCGUCACCGCCGUUUGGGUGCAAGCAAUUUCGGGAAACAAUUACACCUUUGCUAAUUACUCAGAUGCACUGAAAUCCCUAAUGUCCCUCACUCAGCUCCAACUAAACAACCUCUCCGUCGCGAAAGACGUCGGCAAGGCUUUCGGCGUCGUCGCCGGAUUGGCCUCCGACCGCCUCCCCCCGCCGGUCAUCCUACUCAUCGGCUCGAUCGAAGGAUUCAUUGGCUAUGGCGUCCAAUGGCUCGUCGUUAGCGGCCGAAUCCAACCGCUUCCUUACUGGGCGAUGUGUAUUUUUUUGUGUAUGGGAGGGAACAGCACGACGUGGAUGAACACGGCGGUUCUGGUAACGUGCAUUCGGAAUUUCCGGAAAAAUCGUGGCCCUGUUUCGGGGAUUCUGAAAGGCUACGUCGGUUUAAGCACGGCAAUUUUCACCGAUAUCUGCUCGGCUCUGUUCGCGAACGAUCCGGCGAAAUUUCUUCUGUUGCUAGCAAUUGUCCCCUUUGUAAUUUGCCUAACCGCCAUUCUUUUCCUGCGCGAGAUCCCGCCGUCUUCCACGGCGGCGGAGGAAAAGGACGAGACGAGAUACUUCGGCUUAAUCAACGUCAUCGCUGUGAUUGUAGCGCUCUACUUAUUGGCAUUCGACAUAACAGGCCAACACGGCCGUGUCUUCUCGCAGAUUUUCGCGGCAAUUUUGUUGAUCUUACUGGCAUUCCCAUUGCUAAUUCCUAUUUACCUGGCGACCAAGGAUUUCAUAAGGUCAGGCUCGGAGAGUGUCGACUCUGAGCAGAGCUUGGCGGCGCCACUGUUGCCGGAGAAGAAGGUGGAAGCGGCGGAGGCGGUGGUGUCGGUAUUGGAUAAGGACACGCCUGUGUUGGGAGAAGAGCACACGAUUCUGGAAGCUUUGAAAACGGUGGACUUUUGGAUCCUAUUCGCGUCGUUCUUAGGUGGAGUUGGGACAGGUCUUGCCGUGAUGAACAAUCUCGGACAGAUUGGGUUGGCUCUCGGAUAUUCAGACGUAUCCAUGUUCGUCUCCCUCACUAGCAUCUGGGGAUUCUUUGGUCGGAUCUUAUCUGGAUCGGUGUCCGAAUACUUCAUCAAGAGGGCUGGAACGCCGAGGCCAGUUUGGAAUGCAGCUUCUCAGAUUCUAAUGGCGUUGGGAUACAUCCUUAUGGCCAUGGCUUUGCCGGGAUCACUCUACAUCGGCUCAGCCGUAGUCGGCAUUUGCUACGGCGUUCGUCUCGCUGUCACUGUUCCCACUGCUUCAGAACUCUUCGGCCUUAAAUACUACGGCCUCAUUUACAACAUCCUUAUUCUCAACCUUCCAUUGGGUUCCUUCCUUUUCUCCGGGCUGCUAGCCGGCUUCUUGUACGACGCAGAGGCCACAGCCACGGCCGGGGGUGGGAACACGUGUGUCGGUUCCCACUGCUACAGGCUCGUAUUUCUGGUUAUGGCAGUUGUCUGCGUAAUUGGGUGCAGUCUCGAUGUCUUGCUGUCUAUUCGGACUAGGAGUAUAUAUGCAAAAAUAUGCGCGAGCAGGAAGUCGAAGAGGUCGUCGUUGCCGCCGCAACUGAGCUGAGGAUGUGAUUACAGCAGCUGUUACACGUAGUUUUGUUUUUUGUUGUAUUAGGGACCUUAUAGAAAUGUGUAUAUGAUCUAUCGAUCCCUUCAAUUCAUGUACCUGUGGAAGAUUACAAUGCCAUUUCUAUAGUGAAAAUUCAUUGAAGGAAGAUUGCUUAA